CCUCACUGAAUCGCGUGCAAGAGAUCGACGAAGACGUUCGCCGCAAGAAAUCCUCUCUCUCUCUCUCUCUCUCUCUCUAGAAACUCCAUAACUAUAUCUUCUCUUCUUCUCAAUCUCCAUUUCCUUCACGCCAUUCCAAAUCCUUUCCCUCAACCCUUCAAAUUCCACUUUCCUCCUCGUCUUCCAUAGCUUCCGGCUCUCCUCCGCUUUCUGAUCCUACAGUUUUCCCUCAAUGUGACCUCUGCCCCCGGUGUCCGCUCGGAAAUUUUGGGGGAUUCCAUUUUUUUGCCGAGUCAACUCAUCUAGUUUAUUAUUUCCUUCUCCGAUACGGUGAAAUUUGGCGGGAAUUUAUUUGUGUUGUGUAGUGAAUUAGCGAUUCACAAUGUUGGGAGAGUUGAUGGUUCGAUGCCUUCUGAUGCUGUUUGGCUAUGCAUAUCCAGCGUUUCAAUGCUACAAAACCGUUGUACAGAGUCGGAUCGAGAUUCGUGAGCUUCAAUUCUGGUGUCAAUUUUGGAUCAUUGUGGCCAUCUUAACAGUUGUUGAGAGGAUUGCUGACACUUUAGUAGCAUGGUUGCCUAUGUACGGAGAGUUGAAGCUGGCUCUAUUUAUCUAUUUGUGGUAUCCAAAGACUAAGGGAACAGGGUAUGUGUUCCAAACUUUGCUACGGCCCUUGGUAGAUAAACACGAAGUGGAUAUUGAACAGAAGAUGGUGGAUUGGAGAGUCAAGGCUUGGGAUUUGGCCUUGUUCUACUGGAAAAACUGCACUGAAUUGAGCCAAUCAGCAAUCGUCCAAGUUUUUAACUACUUGGCUUCUCAGCCCUCUAGGCCAGCAGCUUCAGCACCCCCACAAACAAGGAGGAACGAGCAUCAUCCAACUCCAAGUGCGCCACCAGCGCCACCGCCACCUCCAAACGAGCUGCCUUCGUUCUUCCGGAAACCUCCAAGGCAAAGCAAAGAUUCGAGCAGGAGUAAGGCUAGGAAAUGGUUUCCAAGUGCUCCUUUACUCGGUUCUAAUAGUCGGCGUUCCACAGGCACGACGGAGGAAUUUGAUGUGCAAUUUCCCCUCCAUGACCAAACAAACUAUUUUUAUGAAGAUCAAAACCACAACCAAGCUCGAUUCAGAGGAUCGAAAAAAACCCAUUAGAAGUUGCAAAACAAAACUGUACAAAAAGAAAAAAGGAACUGAAAACCCUCUCUCCAACUCAAAAAAACACAAGAUAGAUUCAUUUUGGAAUUUUUUCUUCAAACAUUUACAUCCCUUUUUUAUUUU